AUGUUUGGUUUCUAUUCGGCAAAGCUUAAAUUUUAUUCUUGUCUAACGGUAUGUGUCAUUGUGAUAAUAAUCAUGAUAGGGAAUCUAAGGAGUCUCGAUGCGACAAAAAACACGCAGAGAGAUGAUGUGAUAAAGUGGAAAGAUUCUUUGAUCGGCGGCAGUAGGGUAUAUUCUCAAGUAGGUGCGAGAGCCUCUGGUACAUCUAGUGCUACUGACAGCAGCCAGCUGAGGUAUGAUGGUACCCCAGAACUGUCUAUUAGUAUCGAGCAACUUCGAAAGGAGUUAAAAGACCUUCUCAGUGAUGGAAGUACACCUUCAGAGAACACGUCAGCUGAGAAAGAUUCCGAUCAUAAGACUAAUCCUUUGUAUGGAACAAUUCUUGACAACGAUGCCAAAACAAACCCUAAUAAGGCACCUGUUCCAGACGAUUACGCUGGGGAAGUGCUUACAAAUAAUUACAAACCAUAUGAACAAUACAGGGUUGUGAAGAAAAGUUAUGGAAAUGCAGACAAAAUACCGAAAGCGACAAUGUUUACUAUUGUCAAGAACAGUGAACUUGAUGAAUUAUUAGCGUCCAUUCAACAAUUAGAAUCCAGAUUUAAUAGACGAUUCAAUUACGACUGGGUGUUUGUUAAUGAUGAGCCUUUUACUGACAAAUUUAUAGAGGAAACUUCGUCCAUGGUGUCUGGUACAGCUAGAUAUGGUAUUAUUCCCUAUGAGCAUUGGUCGUAUCCUUCCUGGAUAGAUCAAGAUAAGGCCAAAGAAAUACGCGACUCUGACGAGGCUAAGUCGAUGCCCUAUGGAGACAGCGAAAGUUAUAGAUUCAUGUGCCGAUACAACUCCAAGUAUUUCUAUCAUCAUCCGAUAAUGGAAGAGUAUGAGUAUUACUGGAGAGUUGAGCCCAGCGUUACAUUUCAAUGUGAUAUUAUUGAGGACCCAAUCAGAAGACUGAAAGAAAAUGGAAUUCUUUACGGAUUCACCAUUGCAUUUUUGGAGUUUCCAGUAACUAUUAGGACUCUCUGGGAGACAUCGAUGAGUUUCUUCAAAAACCCUGAUAUACAACAAGAUUUGAUUCCCUACAAGAAAUCUAUGAUUUCGUUUGUUAGUUCCGAUGAAGGAGAGACAUAUAACAAUUGUCAUUUCUGGACUAACUUUGAAAUAGCCAGCCUAGAAGUAUGGCGAUCGGAUACAUACGAGAAGUACGUCGAUUUCCUAGAUCGAUCGGGUGGAUUCUUUUAUGAAAGAUGGGGAGAUGCUCCAGUUCAUUCUAUUGCCAUUUCUCGCAUGUUAUCUGCUAAUCAAAUACAUGCAUUUCAAGACAUCUCUUAUCAGCACACCGAGGCCACUUCGUGUCCUCCGGAUGACGAUUACUGGAAAAGAGCCAAGUGUACCUGUAAUCGAGAGAAUGAUUGGACGGUAUCUUCCAGAAUGGAUUGUAAUAGACGGUUUCUAAAAAUGAGCGGGCAGUCUGUCAUGAAGGACUACCACAAGUAUUUAAAACUUGCGGGAAAGGAGGAUAUCAACAGUUAA